UUAAUUAAGGCUUACCGCGCGAUCAAUUUAGAUUCUCGGAAAGCACAGCUUUGGUUAAUUAAUCCUCAGGGGAAGACGAUCAGAGUCAGAGAUGUUGUUCAUCAGCGUCGUGGUCGUGGUGUGAUCUCAUCUCAAAUGGGUUUCCGAUUUCAAAUAAUUUGUAGGUCUUCCCUUUGUAGUAGAUUGUCUUCCCGUUAUCUUCAACCAUCACCACUCCGACUCUCUUCUUCUUCUUCGCUAAACCCUAAUUUCGAUUUCUCCACAAGGUGGCAUUCUUCUGGCCAAAGAUCUGGAGACGAAGGCGACAAGAUUUUCCGGCUAGGUCUCUCCGCUGAUAUUGGCUUAUCUCUCGGCAAAGCCGUCACCGGCUAUCUCUGCGGCAGCACCGCCAUUAUCGCCGACGCUGCUCAUUCCGUGUCCGAUGUGGUUCUAAGUGGAGUUGCUCUUCUCUCGUACAGAGCUGCUAAUGUUCCCAAGGACAAAGAACAUCCCUAUGGUCAUGGUAAAUUUGAAACACUAGGAGCACUUGGUAUCUCUUCCAUGCUUUUGGCCACUGGUUGUGGUAUUGCCUGGCAUGCUUUACACCUUUUAUCUACUGCACUGUCCUCAACUCCUGAGGUUGCUCACCAUCACGGAAUUGAUAUGAGUCAUCCCUUUCUUGCUGUCACUGUUACUCUUGCUUCCAUUUCUAUCAAAGAAGGGCUUUACUGGAUCACCAAACGAGCCGGAGAAAAACAAGGCAGUGGAUUGAUGAUGGCUAAUGCUUGGCAUCACCGAUCAGAUGCUAUUUCUUCUGUUGUUGCCCUUGUCGGAGUUGGAGGUUCUAUUUUCGGAGUCAAUUUCUUAGAUCCUCUAGCUGGCCUUGUUGUCUCGGUUAUGAUUUUCAAUGCCGGACUGGAAACAGGACACCAAAGUGUCUUGGAACUGGUGGAUGCUGCUAUACCAGCACAACAAUUAGAGCCAAUAAGACAAACCAUAUUACAGGUUGAAGGAGUCAAGGGAUGUCAUCGGCUAAGAGGUAGGAGAGCUGGUUCAUCGUUGUAUCUUGACGUACACAUUGUAGUAGAUCCUUUUUCCAGUGUGAGUGUUGCACACGAGGUAGGAGAAUAUGUACGAGGACAGAUUAAUAAGAACCACCCUGAAGUGUCUGAAGUCUUUAUACAUAUAGAUCCAGCCUUUUUACAGUUCUCUUGUAGCAUGAUAGAGGAUCAUGACAGUAUAAGGAAUGAAAGUAACAUCUGCCGGGAGAUUAAACAUGUUGAAGCCACCGUCUCAGAUAUUUUUUCGUCACAGUUUUCUGAGAAAAUGACGAUCAAACGAGUUACACCGCACUUGUUGCAUAGCAAGAUCUUUCUCCAAAUCGUAGUCUCCAUGCCAUCGACCAUGACAAUACAGGACGCCAUGAGAGCCGCUGAAGAUGCAGAGAAAGCGAUUCUGAAGGCAGCCCCAAAUGUGGCUCGUGUGAGCGUUCAGCUUAGUCUUAAGAACUCCUUGCCUCAGUAAUUAGCUUUGGUGUUUGAAGGAAAUAACAAGAGAGACCUCUCUGCAAUAGCUGCAACAAGUAGAACUUUGAAAAGAAUAUACAACGAGCCAAACUAUGUUUAUACCAAUGUCGGCGUUUUGUUGAUAUUUUUGGCUUCCUUUACACUGCUCAUCAAAGUUGUUUCUUUGUGAUGAACAAUUCUAAUUUCGAAAGUUUGCAACUUUGAUGAGUCCAAAGCUAAGAAAAGCUUUGGGAAUGUAAUUGUUGAGUACUAAUUCUGCAUUGGAUACGAUGAAAGUAAAAUAACAUCACAGCUUUCCA